UCCAGUCCAUGCGACGUCCUCCUGUGUCUUCUAGAUACGGUUGUGUCCUUGCCUAUGGCGAUGAGGACGGCGGACCCCUAGACCAACUCAAAAAGGCCAUCUCCUUCAUUCUGGGCGCCUGGCUCCGAUGGUACCCUGAGGAUUUUAUCCAGCCCCCAGAUGUUCCCAGCCUGGAACUGCUCUUGGCCUACAUUGGUCUCAAUAUGCCCGGCUCGGAGCUGGAGCACCGCGCCCGCGUUCUUCUUUCCCAGCUGGAGCACCCUGAGCACACUGAGGCCAAGACUGAGGCUGCAGCUCCACCGAAAGAUGCGGAAGCCCCUGAAGAUCCGGCACCAUCUCUCCCUCUCGUGCCCAGCCCAGCCCAGAGCCGCACAGGCAUCUUCCGAGCCACAGCCGGCUCAAGACCUUCAGCAAGCACUUGCAGCAUCCCAGCCACUACCCUCAGCUCCUGAGCUGCAGCCCCAGAGAAUCCUCGCCUUCCCCUAGCCAUGGCGUGGGUUUUAAAGUUUUGUUUUCGGCUUUUCUUUACUUAAC